GUUUUCUGUUCAUUCUGGGUUAGUUGCUGAAGAAUUUGAUGAGUAAAAUGUUUGUGUGUAAGAGAGAUUCAAGUACCUUGGUUGCUGUGGUUGUGGCUUCUUUGGUAUUGCUCUUUGGAGCAGUGGGCAGCCAAACGAUCCGUGAGCGUCGUUUUUCGUAUGUUCGAUUCAAUGAAAGGGAGCAUAAUCAAGACUUCAUCUUCACCGGAGGCUCUUCCAUCGAUGGUGGGGCGCUGCAGUUAACUCCUGACUCGCAGAACAAUGUUGUUAGCCUUCAAAAUACAUUUGGCCGCAUUGUGUACCACCAGCCGUUCAAGUUAUGGCUAGCUGAUAUUGAUAAAAAGGAGGAAGAUGACAUUGUUGCUUCAUUCAGCUCAUACUUUUACAUCAAUAUUUUCAGAAAUAAAGAAUGGAAUGCUGGUGAGGGGCUUACUUUUCUUAUAGCUCCGACUGCUGAUGCACCUGAACAGAGCUGGGGGCAGUGGAUGGGCCUCACCAAUGCAACCACCGACGGUGACAGCAGAAAUCAAAUUGUAGCUAUCGAAUUUGAUACCGAGAAGCAGGAUUUCGACCCCGACGACAACCAUAUUGGUCUGAACAUCAACUCCAUUAAGUCAAGGAAGGCUGUUUCACUGAAUAAAUCUGGCAUAGUUUUAUCCCCAGAGACCGGAACUAAUCACAGUAUCUGGGUUGAUUAUGAUGGCAAAGCCAAACUUUUGCAGGUUUACAUGUCUAUAAACAAAGAUCCAAAACCUGAUAAACCGCUUCUCAAUGAAACGAUAAACCUGAAACGAUUUGUGAAACAAGAAUCAUACAUUGGAUUCUCUGCUUCUACAGGCAGCCCAGAGAUUCAGUUGAACUGUGUCUUGGAAUGGACACUGGAUUUGGAACGUCUGCCGGAGAAGAAAAAUCUAACGUGGUUGAAGAUCCUUGCCGGAGUUGGAAUUCCGAUACUAAUCGCAAUUCUUAUUGGGGUUUGGUUAUUUGUUGAUUAUAGGAAGAAGAGGAGAGUGAGUAGGGAUGAGGAGUCAAAUGUUCAGGGCACAUUGAAGAGGUUGCCUGGAAUGCCUAGAGAGUUCAAGUACAAGGAACUAAAAAGGGCGACUCAUAACUUCCAUGAAAGCAUGGUUCUAGGAAAUGGGGGAUUCGGGGUCGUGUACAAAGGCGUUUUGCAGGACAAGGAUAAGGACAUUACCACAUCUUCAAAUUCUGUUUCCAGGCUUGAAAUUGCCGUCAAGAAAUUCUCCAGGGACAGCAUUAAGAGCGAAGGCGAUUUUCUGGAUGAGCUCACCAUUAUCCACCGUCUUCGCCACAAGAACCUCGUCCGUUUAGAAGGGUGGUGCUAUGAGAAAGGGAAGCUUUUAUUAGUGUACGACUUUAUGCCUAACGGAAGCGUCGAGAAUCACCUAUACGAUGUUGCUGACGAGGAUGCUCUCAGCUGGAGACAUCGCUAUAAAAUUCUUGUAGGAGUUGCAUCUGCGUUGCAUUACUUGCAUAAUUUGUAUGACCAGAAAGUAUUGCACCGAGAUAUCAAAUCAAGCAAUAUCUUGCUCGAUUCCGACUUCAAUGCUCGUCUAGGGGAUUUCGGCCUUGCUAGAGCCUUGGAUCCUGAAAGAAACUCUUAUGCAGACCUGCAGUGUGGUGGAGUUGCAGGCACAAUGGGUUAUGUUGCUCCUGAAUGCUUCCAUGAAGGGAAGGCUACUCCUGAAACCGAUGUAUAUGGUUUUGGGGCAGUCGUGCUCGAGAUCAUUUGUGGCAGGAGACCAGGAGCUGCUAUUGAAGACAAGCAAAAUCUGUGUACUCUAAUUGAUUGGGUGUGGAAGGGACACCGUGAAGGACACAUCGAAAAAGCUGUCGAUAACCGGCUGGGCAAUGGUUUUGUGGUUGAUGAAGCUAGGAGGCUUCUACUACUUGGGUUGGCAUGUACACAUCCCACGGCAAGCGAAAGGCCACAAACUCAGGCUAUACUCCAAAUUUUAAACGGAGCUUUGCCAGCACCUCAAGUACCUCUGUUCAAGCCAGCCUUCAUGUGGCCUCCCAUGAGCACUACUUCAACCAAUACCACUCUCACUUCACUGUCAAACACGAACAGCUCUCUUCCAUGAAGUUUCACCAUAGCUAGUCCUCUCCUUCCGACUCGAAGCUUACCUGAAAAACAUGUCGCUCGUCAUCAAAUUGUAGAAAACAUCAUUUAUUCUCCCUCUGAUACAUGCAAGGGGAUAUGUAUACCUGGGCUCAAACUCGCCAAUGUCCCGAGAUGUUCCUCCGGUUGCUUCUGCACAUCGCGCUAGCACUUGUCUGUUGUACCAUUAUUUUCGCUUUACAGUUAAAGAUUGACAUGUUUUCUUUAUAAAUCAAAGGGGGUUUAAGAACUUCCUAGAUUACAGAUAAUAGAAAAAAAUUCAAGUCCAA